AUGGAAGAAACCAUUGAGAAAUAUCUUACUGAGAAGUUCAGAACGAAGUUGCACAACGGCCCAAGAGUUCGAUUCUAUCGCCGUUUCGCAGAACUGGAGUCGCUGCUCGACAAAAUCAAAGCGUCUGAUUCCCCCACAAGGAGAUCAGUCAAAGAGCAGCUCUACUGCCUCAAUAAUGUCUUGGAAGAGUGCCAAGUGCUAGCAAGGAAGAAAAGCCUCUCUCUUCCAACAGUUCUAAGUCCCUCAAAAUUUCAAAUCAGUAGAACCUUGGACAAGAUCAAACAGCAACUUCACCAGGUCGACCGAUCCAUAGCAAGUUCGCAAGAGACCUUCUGUGUUCUGCCACAGAAUCUAGAAGCUUCUCGAGGAAGCUCCACAUGGGUCGAUCCGUCAAGAGUCCACGGGUUUGACAAUGAAGUGGUGAAUUUGAAGACCAAGCUUCUCCGACCAGGAAAACCAUCCGACCAAGCAAUAGCAAUCAUUGGCACGAGCGGUGUCGGAAAAACAACACUAGCCCAAUUGGUAUACAACAAACAGGAAGUGAAGUCACACUUCCUUCCAAGAAUCUGGGUAUCGUUAUCCCCACAACCUAACGAGGCCGAGAACACAAGGGAGGCUAUCGCCAAGAAGUUACUGACCCGUCUAGGAGUUGAAACGGACAUAAUCAGCUCGAUUGACAGCCAUGGCUUCCGCGGCCUACUCUACGCUCUCCACCUGCAACUACUGGGAAAAAGGUAUUUGAUAGUGCUCGAUGACGUGCGGGACACUAACCCAUGGCACGACGUCUGGGAUGGCCCGGAUGGGUUGCCCAAAGGUAAUGGUGGUUCAGUCGUUAUCACAAGCAGGGCAGAGAAAGUGACCAACACCAUGGAUGGGGAAGACAAUGUGAUCCGCCUGCAGCCACUCACAGACCCUGAGAGCUGCUGGUGUAUAUUCAGGGAUGAGGUCGAGAAAGAUGGGGAAAAAUUGAAUGAUGACGAAAUCAGGAAGCUGAAACCAGCAGUCACAAAGAAGAGUGCUGGUCUGCCACUGGCUGCAAAAGUUAUGGGGGAGAUUUUCUAUGAGAAGCGCAAAGCCAAGGAGGUGGUUGAGCAUGGUGAGAUUCAUCCUCAAGAGUCCUAG